GUCAUCAUAAAUUAGCUUGAUUUUUGCCACGAUAAACUGCAUUAUGUACUGCGCGCGUAUCACCUUCGUUCAGUUAUCGCUCGCAUUUUGUCGCGAUUGGGCAAAAGCCGCGGCAUGUCUUCGCUUCAGGAGCUAGAUAUCUCGGCCACUGAUAAGGAGCUAAUCGUGCAAGCCUACAUUCACGACGCUUCGACGCAGUUCAGAAUUGUUAGCACCCGCGCGUCCAGGUUUGGCGAGCAACGUACCGGCUAUUUGGGGGAUCAUUUUCUGCUGAAGUUCACGGUGCUGGUGACAAACGACGAUGUAGUCGACGGGAUGCUGGAGAUUGAGGCGUUCGCCAAGGCUUUGCCUAAGGCGAUUCCCUCGCUGGCCAGAUACCUGGAGGAGACGGAAGCCUUCUCGAAGGAAGCAAAGCUUUUCCAGGAGUUGAUUCCCAGACUACAGAAAUUGGGUCGUUUCGCACCGGAACCAUUGUUUUCGGCACCGAGUGGCGAGCUGAUUGUGUUCCGCAAUUUGAAGCUGGAGGGAUUCCGAACGUUGCAGAACAACGAUGGGCUGUUCGACUUGGUUCAUCUGGAGCAGGCUUUGAGAGUGCUGGCUAGGAUGCAUGCCGCUUGUUGGGCGUUAGAGAAGCAAUGUGCCAAGUCGGUAACGGAGCUAUAUCCGACAGUAUUGGAUGAGAAUUCGUGGAUUGCAAAGGAUAACUAUCCUCGCGCGAAGGAAUUGGAAAACAACAUUGGUACGUUGUUGGCUUUGGUUCGGCACCACGAGAAAAACGGCAAACGCAGAGCGGAUCUCGUGGAGAAUUUACCGAAUUGUGUUCGGCAGAUCUACGAGCUGGUGAAGACUUCCAACGUGUAUAGAAAUGUGUUUAGCCAUGCUGAUCUCUGGAACAAUAACGUAAUGUUCCGCUACUCGGAGCAUGGAAGUCCGAUGGAUUGCCUGUUGGUAGACUUUCAGUUGUCCCGGUACGUUCCUCCGGCGUACGAUUUUAAUAUGUUGUUGAGUUUAACCAUGACCAGCGGAUACCGAAGGAGGCAUUUGAGCUUCCUGCAAGGAUAUUACUAUCAAUCGUUGAGGAUGGAACUCACUCGGCAUGGGAUGGUGAUCGAAGAUAUUUUAACUGAGGAAGAUUUCCGAGUGUCAUGUCAACUAUACAGAAAAGCGGGAGCCAUUGACAGUUUUCUUAUCAAUCUCAUAACAUUGCUACCGAAGGACGCAUUGGAUGAUAUAUUUUCAUCGGCUGAAAAGUACGAACACUUUUCAGCAGAGUCGAAAACGGCCGUAUGUUUGAAGGCUUUCGAUGAAAGCUUGGCCUACCGGACUCGGAUGAUUGACAUAAUUGAAAAUAUAGUUGAUACAUUUGAGCUUCAGUAAAGAGCAAACGGGGCUUGCGAACGAGCGGGGUGUCCUGCGUAAAAAAUCAUUCUGAGUUUACGAAACUCUACUGAAGGUGGAAGGGAUCCGCCAUAUUGCAA